CGCACAGCAGCACUCGUUAUUUUCGGUAGCUUAGAGUCGAUUCCUUUCAGAUAUCAUUGUCUGCUUAAAGAAGAUGUUGCUGUUGAAGACUUUCGCUCCCUGGUUGCUGUUGGCCUUCCUUGGACAGCAGGUCUCUCUGUCCUCCGGUGCGCGCAAUAAGAACCGAGGAGCGGACAAGAGCGUGACCCCAACCCCCCCCGGCAGAGCGCAGAGGGGCGGCGGGAACAAAUCUGCAGCAAGCGGCCGGGGCAAGUUCUCCAUCAAGGACAAGAUGCAGUGCAUGUGGGAAGCAAAAGACGUCGGGGACACGGUUCGGCUGUCGGUAAAAUGCGAGGACCGGGAGGCGCGCAUCAAAGGCGAAGCCAGCGAUCUGCAGUGUAAAUACAACGCCAAACCUCAGAGCUGCCCGGAAUACCAGACCGACCCCAAGGGCUUCUGGAAACAGGUGGCCCGCGCGUUCAAAAGACUGCAAGGCAAAGUGUGCAAGGACGACCGGGCGCUGGUGAGGGCUGGCAUGUGUAAGAGCGCGCCCCGGGAUGCGCACUUCAAGCUGGACAGGUCCUCCGUAGACCACCGCUCAGUCCGGAGAACCGGCGACUCCCCAGCCGCCGCCAUCUCGCUCCAUCUCCACCGCUGCGGCUCCGUCCGGACCGACGGCCUGCUCAGGGCGCGCGAACCACCGGAAAACGGCUGA